AAGUUGAGCCAAGAUGGCAGAAGGGAAGCGAGGCGGAGACGCGGCGGACGAGUGCUGAGGCCCAACCCGAGGAGGAGCCCUCUUACGCCGCCCUGACUGCUUCACCUGCCUCCUCGCGGCGGAAGUAGCCUGUUAGCUCGCUAGUUAGCCUGCUAGCUUGAGCCGAGCUUGCGCGCGCGUGGAAGCCGAGCACUCCGCGGCCACUUCGGAGGUCGACUCGGCGGCACUUUGACCUGCUUUUUCGGCCUUUUUUACUGUCCGAACUGCGGCAACUCAUUAGUCCACCCCCCGCCCGAGCCCGAUGUGUCAAAGCAGCUAACCAGCCGCCUGCUUGUGGUGGUUGUGUCCCCGCCAAGGUGGACGCUGUCGCCCGCACGACCUGAGCCGCGUCCUGGGGGGGGCGUGUGGUCCUCGCCGGAGGCUCCAUGCGGGGGGAGACAAGAUAGGAAGACGCUGAAAGUGUUCCACUUGUUUUGGGGGUGAACAAAAGGAGAAAAGAUGAAGAAGUUCUCCCGGAUGCCAAAGAGUGAGAGUGCGGGACUCGGCGGCUCUGGCGGCUGCGGCCUCAGCAGCUACUUGGGGAAAGUGUUCGCCGUGGGCCGCUAUCAAGUGACCGUGGAGGAGCUCGUAGCUGAGGGAGGCUUCUCCGUGGUCUUCCUGGCUCGUACGCACAGCGGCGUCCGCUGCGCCCUCAAGAGGAUGUACGUCAACAACGUCCCCGACCUCAACGUCCACAAGCGGGAGAUCACCAUCAUGAAGGAGCUGUCAGGCCAUAAGAACAUUGUGGGCUACCUGGACUCUGCCGUCAACACAGUGUCAGACAGCGUGUGGGAGGUCCUCAUCCUCAUGGAGUACUGUAAAGCGGGCCAGGUGGUGAAGCAGAUGAACCAGCGGCUGAACGUGGGCUUCAGCGAGGCCGAAGUCUUGCACGUCUUCUGUGACACGUGCGAGGCGGUGGCGCGGCUGCACCAGUGCAAGACCCCCAUCAUCCACCGAGACCUCAAGGUGGAGAACAUCCUCCUGAACGACCAGGGCAGUUACGUGCUGUGCGACUUUGGCAGCGCCACACACAAGGUCCUGCAGCCGCAUAAAGAUGGCGUGACCGCUGUGGAGGACGAGAUAAAGAAGUACACCACGCUGUCCUACCGAGCACCAGAGAUGAUCAACUUGUACGCAGGGAAGGCCAUCACCACUAAGGCUGACAUAUGGGCGCUGGGAUGCUUGUUGUACAAGCUGUGUUUCUUCACGCUUCCGUUCGGGGAGAGUCAGGUGGCCAUCUGCGACGGCACCUUCAUCGUGCCGGACAACUCCAAGUUCUCCCUCAAGCUGCACUGCUUAAUCCGAUACAUGCUGGAGCCGGAGCAGGAGAAGAGACCGGACAUUUACCAAGUGUCCUACUUUGCCUUCCAGUUUGCUGCAAGGGACUGUCCUGUGCCAAACAUCUUUAGCUCCACCAUACCCACCUUGCUGCCCCAGCCCCUCACCGCCAGCCAGGUGGCGGCCAAGAAGAGCACCACCAAAGCAAGGAUACGAGACUCUGUGGGGCCCACAGAAACCUCCAUCGCCCCCAGACAAAGACCCAAGGCGGCCAGCAGCAACAUCCUGCCGCUGGCCAGCGUCACACCUGUCACCGUGUCACCUGUCACCGUGUCUGCACCUGUCAGCAACGGUCAGAAAGCUCCCACGCCGGUGCCAGGACAGCCUUCCAUGCCGCAGCAUCGGGUCCUGCAGCAGCUGCAGCCGGGUGACCUGCGCCUGCAGCAGCUGCACCAGCACGCCAACGCACAGCAACUCCAAUACCUCCAGUACCAACAGGCUGUGCAGCAGUCCAUCCAGCUGCAACAGCAGCAGGCUUUUCUUCAGCAGCAGCAUCAUCAUCAUCAUCAUCAGCAGCAGAUGAUGCAACCCAUGUGUCAGCAGCCGGCUGCUCAGGUCCAGUACGCCGCCAUGCUGCAUCAGUACCAGCAGACCUUCCUCCAGCAGCAAGUCCCCAUGUCCUCCUCCUUGUCUGUGGGCCAGGUGGGGGCGCCCUCACCCUCACCCUCACCCUCCUACGCCCAUUCCACUAAUGAAAGGUCCUCCCUCCCCCCCGACAUGUCUCGCUGGAACCCCUUCGGCGAGGACAACUUCUCCCGACUGACCGAGGAGGAGCUGAUCGACCGGGAGUUUGACCUGCUGCGAGCAAAGAAGCCAGAGGACAGCAGCGAGGACCCGGAGCCCCCCCAGUCCUCCAGACCCCCGCUGGCUGAAGACCUCUUUGGCUCGCCGCCGUUCCUGUCCAACGCAGGUCCUGGUUUUGAGGAUCAGCUGGUGGACAGGAAGAAGAACUUUAAGGCGGGCGAAGAUUCCGAGAGCGACUUUGAGUCGGAUCCUCCUUCGCCUAAAAGCAGCGAGGAGGAGGAGGCAGAAGAAGAGGAGGAGCCAGAAGAGGAGGAGGAGGAGCCAGAAGAGGAGGAGGAGGAGCCUGAGAACUUGGGCCAAAGACCACUGCUGAUGGAGUCCGAGGACGAGGAGGACGAAGAGAAUCCUGACUGCAAAGUCCAGAAGGUCUCCAAGAAGGACGUGGGCAUCAAGCGAAGUCGUCCAGGUGGUUUCCAUCAGGAGUCACUUGGCGCCGGGAAAGCUGCGUCCGCCGUGGACGUUUUUGGAGCGGUUCCCUUCCUGGGAGCGUCCAAGAAGGCGGACAUCUUCGCCCGGGCGCCUUUCAGACCAUCUGAUGACUUGGACGUCUUCACCAAGGCUCCGUUCAGUCGCAACUUGUCCAAGUCCUUGGACAAUGCCACGGGACAAACCCCGCCCACUUCCCCGGAGAGCAUCGACAUCUUCGGCUUUUCUCCCUUCGAGCCGGGCCCCGCCCCUCCGCCCCCGACCACGUCCCGCAGCGCCGAGGACAUCUUCCGGCCGUCCUUCCAGGACUCUCCCGGUCCUCAGCAGCAGCGCCUGAAGCAGCGCAGCCUCCAGAAGCUGUCGUCCCGCCACAGGAAGACCAAACAAGAGGCGCCCGGCGGCGGGAACGGCAAGCGCCACCACGGCACGCCCACCGGGGGGCGCAAGACGGGCAAGGCUGCGUUCCGCACGCCGGAGAGAGUCCGCAGACACAAGAAGGUGGGCCGGCGAGACUCUCAGAGCAGCAGCGAGUUCCUCAGCACGUGCGACUCCAAGGAGAACAUCAGCAUCAGCGUGGACGUGACCAUCGCUGAAGGGAAGGACGACCAGAUCCUGGACCCCUUUGGAGCCAAACCUUUCAGUCCUCAGGACGCCAACUUGUCCUGGGAAUGUCACGCCAUGGACGACUUCGGCGCCGUGCCUUUCUCAGAGAUGGACGUCCCAGACGGACCUCAGCAGCAGCAGGUGGUGACGCACGGGGAACUCGACCCCUUUGGCGCCGCCCCUUUUCCCUCCAAGCAGUGACUUCCUGUCUUUCUUCUUGUUUGGGAUCAAAGACUUCAGACUCUGGCUCUUUUUAUGCUGCAACUUGACAAAAUGGUAGUCAAAUGAUCUUUCUAAACAACCUUUUUAUUCAGCACCGCAAAGCCUUAUGGGAGCUAACCACUUUUUAGUUCUACUUUUCAUGCUCAAUGUGACCUUUCUUCCUCCUCUUCCUCGGAACUUUCAUCUGUGAAAGUCACUCCACAUCUUUUUAAAACACCUUCUGUUGGCGUCGCUAGCAAGUUCUGUUGGCGUCGCUAGCAAGUUCUGCUGGCGUCGCUAGCAAGUUCUGCUGGCGUCGCUAGCAAGUUCUGUUGGCGUCGCUAGCAAGUUCUGUUGGCGUCACUAGCAAGUUCUGCUGGUGUCGCUAGCAAGUUCUGUUGGCGUCGCUAGCAAGUUCUUUUGGCGUCGCUAGCAAGUUCUGUUGGCGUCACUAGGAAGUUUGAUCUGUGAAAGUGACUUCACAUGUUUUUAAAACACGUUCUGUUGGCAUCGCUAGCAAGUUCUGUUGACGUCGCUAGCAAGUUUGAUCUGUGAAAGUGACUCAUGUUUUUAAAACAAGUUCUGUUGGCGUCGCUAGCAAGUUCUGUUGGCGUCGCUAGCAAGUUUGAUCUGUGAAAGUGACUUCACAUGUUUUUAAAACACGUUCUGUUGGCGUCGCUAGCAAGUUCUGCUGGCGUCGCUAGCAAGUUCUGUUGGCGUCGCUAGCAAGUUUGAUCUGUGAAAGUGACUUCACAUGUUUUUAAAACACGUUCUGUUGGCGUCGCUAGCAAGUCCUGUUGGCGUCGCUAGCAAGUUUGAUCUGUGAAAGUGACUUCACAUGUUUUUAAAACACGUUCUGUUGGCAUCGCUAGCAAGUUCUGUUUACGUCGCUAACACGCUCUGUUAACAAUAUCUGUUAGCCUUGCUAGCGCGUUCUGUUAAGUUCUGUUUGUCGCUAACACGUUCUGUUAGCAUCGCCAAUGAGUUCUGUUAGCACAUUGUGUCAGCAUUGCUAGCAGCUUAUCCUCACAAGUGCUCUGAUGGUGAAGACUGUGUAUUUUUGAAAUGGUUGACUUGAAAUACAUUAUUUGACAAUU